CAAACCAGGAAACGAAUGGCGGAAAUAUUAUAGAUCCACCUCACGCUUUCAGCUGACAACUUUUUUUCUAGGACAGUUCCGUCUUUUUCCCACCCUGAAUGGAGAGGCCCGGCGAGCAAGCAACACAAUCUUCAGCUAAAAACGGCGGACGGAUUUGAAGAAACGAUGUCGUCGCGUUUAAUUAGCAGGCAGGAUGUGGUGUGAAGUGAGAAGACAGAGAGCCAGCAGAUCAUCCAGCUGAGAAGAGUCCUGUCACCGACAUAUGGCCGUGCUCCUGAGCUAGCCGAGGUAGACAACGCAACAAGACAACACUAGCAUAAUGUUCCUGAAAACAUCUUUCACCUCCCUGAUCGUGGGGGUGUUUGUUGUGUACGUGCUGCACACCUGCUGGGUGAUGUACGGGAUAGUGUACACCAAACCCUGCGACAACCCCAAAGGUGGCAAUUGUAUAACACCCUUCCUGGCAGGAAACCCUAAACUGCAGUUGAGUAUCUACACUGCACUGCGGCCCAACGCUGAGGGAGGACAUACUCUGAUCCACAAGGAGGAAGACUUUGAUGUCAACAGCAAGUUUGAGAAGAUAAUCAAUGUCUCCCUCCCUAAGAAGACCCGUAACAACGGAACCUUAUAUGCACUAAUAUUUGUCCACCAAGCUGGCGUCACUCCAUGGCAGGACCCACGACAGGUCCACUCAGUGGCUCAGCUCACCACGUACAUGAUCCCUAAACUGCCUGAGAUCUCUCUGAUAUCCGGCGAGGAUCAAACACAGGGUCAGAAAGACGAGGCCCAGCAGAAGAAACAGCGUGAUGGUAAUUCAGCUGCUGGAACUGCUUCCACAUCCGAUCACCCAGUUUCCCACUGGCGCACCCGCCUCACGCUCAACAUCGUCGGCGAUCACUUCCUGUUUGACAGAGAAUCCCUGCCCAGUGACGUCCAUAGAUACCUCAGAGUAUUCCAAAAUGGUAAGAAGAUGGUGUAUCUACCUCUGCUGUUUGUUGAUGAGCUCAGCAACCGGGUCAAAGACCUUGUGGAGAUUAACGGCACCUCCAUGGAGCUUCCUUUGACCAUCUCUUACGACUCGAUCUCGCUGGGAAGACUGCGAUUCUGGAUCCACAUGCAAGACGCUGUUUACUCUCUAAAGCAGUUUGGUUUUACAGAGAAGGAUGCUGAUGAGAUUAAAGGGAUCUUUGUGGAUACCAACCUGUACUUCCUGGCUUUGACUUUCUUUGUAGCCGCCUUCCAUCUCCUCUUUGACUUCCUGGCAUUCAAGAAUGACAUCAGUUUCUGGAAACAGAAGAAAAGCAUGGUGGGAAUGUCGAGCAAAGCAGUGCUGUGGCGGUGUUUCAGCACCAUAGUGAUUUUCCUCUAUCUGUUUGACGAGCAGACCAGCCUGCUUGUCCUCAUACCUGCUGGCAUCGGCUCUAUCAUUGAAGUAUGGAAAGUGAAGAAGGCUUUAAAGAUUCAGGUUUUCUGGAAAGGAGGCAAACCAACAUUCCUGUUCGGCAAACUAGAUGAAUCAGAGAGGAGAACAGAAGAGUACGAUACUCUGGCUAUGAAGUAUCUGUCAUUCCUCCUGUACCCGCUCUGUAUUGGAGGUGCCGUGUACGCUCUAAUUUACCUACGAUACAAGAGUUGGUACUCGUGGUUGAUCAACAGUUUGGUGAACGGUGUUUAUGCAUUUGGCUUCCUCUUCAUGCUUCCCCAACUUUUCGUCAACUAUAAGCUGAAGUCUGUGGCCCACCUGCCCUGGAAAGCUUUUAUGUACAAGGCAUUCAACACCUUCAUCGACGACGUGUUUGCCUUCAUCAUCACAAUGCCAACGUCCCACAGACUGGCCUGUUUCAGAGAUGAUGUGGUGUUUCUCAUUUACCUCUACCAGAGAUGGCUCUACCCAGUGGACAAGACGAGAGUGAAUGAAUAUGGAGUUUCUUACGAUGAAGAACCCAAAGGAAAGACUCACGAGGACUAGAGAGGAAAGAUGAGUUUCCGUGAUUUGGUGUCUGCUGGUUUUGUCUUCAGUCCGCUGGUCUUCAUUGAUUUCAUCUCGUAUCAGCUGAGCUGGUUUAAUCGUCCAGAGGCACCAAGAAAAAUUGUUGUUUCUGGUCAGUUAAUUGUAAAUUGACCAGACACAUUCUUUUGGUUUUUCGACUUUUUUUAAAAUCCCGUCCCAUAGUGAAAAGUGUUUUGAAAGGUCAACAUCUGCUCAUCUGCUUUUUGCAGUCUGGAGAGGUCUUUUUGUUUUUGACUGGACCAGAGGAUCAGUAUGAUCAAUCUGUAAUAUUUUUCAAACAGAUGCAGCAACCUGGAAAAACUUAGUUGGUGUGAAAUGGCUGGACAGCACUGUGGUAAUGACCUGAGUUUAAAAGGCACUGCUCAGUUUUGGUAUGAAAGAAUACACUGAUGACUACAGUAACUCUACCAUAGUAAAUAUUGGUGGCAGCUUUGAGCUUUGUCUGCCAUAAAUUUCGCUCUUCCUGUUUUUCAGACAUUAUGUUUAUCCACAAAAAGUCACAUUCCUUAUCUGUUGGAACAGCUCCAUCCGGUUAAUAUCACUGACAGCCUAUUUUAGCCUUGACUUCCAGCUUUGGGUGUUUGCAAAUUGUGCUACACUGCAGGAGUGUAACAUGAUUAAUUCAAUUGGAUGGGACUCCUGUUUUAAGCCGAAAUCAUUUCUUGAGAAGCACUGUAAAUAUUGUACUUUCAGAAUAUUAACUGCAAUGUCAGAAAGGGAUUAUUAUCAUUUUAAACAUUUGUGUUUACAAAUUAACUACAUUUUGAGAAGGGCCUGGUUCAGACCACUUCGGGAAACUAAUUUCUAAAUGCAUAUAUCCAGCAGUUGCAAAACAAGAGCUGCUUGGUACAUCUGAGAGAGCUGCUUGUUUUACACUUGCCCGAUAUCACACAAGCUUGCUUUCAUGUCAAAGGGCAACUGAAGAUGUCUGUGUGACCGCAGAGGGCUAAAAAUACUGUGCAUUUAAAAAAUAUAGAACUGUAUCCACUAAAGAUAGGUUAAAUUACCUGGAACAAAGGGCUUGGGCAGAUGUGAGCUGGCCACAUGUGUUUGCUUUUUCAGGCACUUCUAUUCAUAUUAUCCAAUAAGUGUGAAAUCUGAUAUGCUGAUUUUAAACUGAUAAUUACAGUAAUGCCCAUAUAAUAGACACAUUUUGGCAGUGCUGAAACACAAGUGAAUGCUUUAUUUGCUCAGUUAAAUAUUCUUGAUGCAGAAUUUGAAAUAAUGUGAAAUUGUGUUGUUUUUUUAAAUCCUCGCUAAAAAGGCAGUUAACAAUUUACCUAUUAUAGAACGUAUCAAUAUGUAGACAUUUCAAAAUGUGUAUCCUAAAUUAUCUUUAAAAAACUUAAGUUAAUUCUAGAACAAAUUCCAGAACGAAAGAUCCUGUUUAAAUGACCUAAAAGUGGGAAGAGAGGCUUAAAAUUGACGGCAAUUUUUUCAGAAAUUUCAAAUGAAUUGCUUUGCUUUAAGAAUUUCAAUAAUGAAUAAUCUUAAUCUGAAUAAUGGCUUAUCUACAUAUAACGACUGCAGCACAGAUUAGUUGCCAUGGUGGCUGUAUGAAUUGCCUCACCAUUCCGGAAUCUUGAAUUUGAAAGUUGUAGAAUCUGUUGUGUUGAACUUGAAAGUUCUAUAAUUUAUUCAGUUGAACAGUCUGAGCGUCCGGUUGCGUCUAGAGUUUUACUUCACUGUGACACAGAAGGGUACCGAUGAAAGCCACACUGUCCUUUCCAUCCAUUCUAGUUUUGUGGUCUUACCUGCUUAAGUAUUUUGUUAAAAUAUCUGGGCCAAGAACAUAUAUUAGUGCCAAAUGUGAGAAUGAUUCUUUGAACUAUUUAUGAGCUUUGUAACGUUCACCAUAAAUGAUCCAUUUGAUGCUUUUAAAUACACUGUCGGUCUGGGAAGGUCAACUGUAAAUUUAAGACUUGAAGAAAGUAUUACUUAAAUCUUACUUCACACAUUUGUCACAUUUUGAUUGUUGUUGUGUUUGUGAUAUGUUUUAGUUCGUGUUCAGAUAUCAGGAUAUAUUAGGUCUGUCCACAAAGGUCAGUGCAGGUUUUCUAUUCCGGUUAAAUGCAGCCAGCAGAGAUUUGCCAGAAAUAUGCCUUGAAAUGGUUUUACUCAUUGUAAUGUUUGUGAUUUUGAGGCAAUAUGAUGAAAUAAAAUUGACUGA